UGGAGGCCGGAGUUUUUUUGGUUGUUGCUCCGGAAGAGCCGUUCGCUGUCUGGCCCACUGCAGUCCGUUAGUGUACGUCUGGGGGCUGGGGCCCGUCCGAUUCGCAACCGCCAUGGAGACGGUGGUAUCUGCGCGGCGCCGGGGCUAAAUUGUGCAGGCAGACAGCGAUCGAGGGCGGCGCGGGGCCCAGAGCCCCGAAUCAAACUGGAGUCUGUGGAGUAGGCGGCCCAAAGAGGCAAGGCCAAAGACCACCGGGAAGUUCCCAAAACCGGUAGCAAACCGACCACACGAUACAAAUGCAGUUGCCAUAGUUGACUGUUCAGCAGAGGAAAAUCUGCCCUGACUUAAACUGAUUUUGCAACAUUGCCUGCUUCAAACAUGGAUGAGCAGGAAGCUUUAAAGUCCAUUAUGAAGGACCUGGUUGCCCUGCAAAUGGGACGAAGGAGCCGAAUGAGUGGCUAUGACAGCGUGAAGAGUAAAGCCAGUGUCCGCACCAGCAAGCAGAAUGAUGUCCGAAUAAAGUUUGAACAUAAUGGUGAAAGAAGAAUCAUACAGUUUAGCCGUCCAGUUAAGUAUGAGGAUCUGCACCAGAAAGUCAAGACUGUGUUUGGGCAGCUAAUGGAUUUAAAUUACACUAACAAUGAGCUACUAAUUCCAUUGCGAAGCCAGGAUGAUCUUGACAAAGCUGUUGAUUUGCUGGAUCGAAACUUUAACAUGAAGAGCCUGAAAAUCCUGCUGGUAGCUCAGGAGAAAAACCAUACGUCACCAGCUUCUUCAGCCGUUACAAAGCAGCUCCGCAUUAAGGCUUCUCAGUCAGUGGGCGACAUUCUCAGCACUAUUCCUCAGCCACCAGAGUCACGGGGCAGGCACCUCUCUGUUGGUUCUCAGAACACCGGUCGAAGCUCACCACCCCCAGGAUAUGUACCAGAGCGACAACAACGGAUCGCUCGCCAGGGAUCCUACACCAGCAUUCACAGUGAAGGGGAAUUCAUCCCUGAGAAUAUGGAACAAUGUAUCUACGAACCCCAGAGCAGUACUGAAAACUCCAUUUCAGGCAGCUGCCAGUCUUUGGAUAGGAGAGCGGAAAGCCCAUCCUAUCGAAAAUCUCGUAUGUCCAGAGCGCAGAGUUAUCCUGACAACAGACAGCUGUACCUGGACCGUGAGAACCAUAUCUAUGAUAAAGCUGGAAAAGGGGGCACCUACCCCAGACAGUUCCACGUGCCUAUCCACCAGAAAGAUUAUGGAGAUGGACGGAGAACCUUCCCAAGGAUUCGCCGACAGCAGGGGAACCUGUUUACUCUUGUCCCCUCCAGCAGAUCCCUGAGUACAAAUGGGGAGAAUAUGGGCCUGGCUGCUCAAUACAUUGAUAGCAGGGGGAGAAUUCGCAGUGGUGACAUUGAAAAUACUCUCUCGGUGCAAGAGAGGAAUGUUCCCACUAAAUCACCAAGUGCACCUACCAACUGGAGGAGAGGAAAGCUGCUGGGACAAGGAGCUUUUGGACGUGUCUACCUGUGUUACGACGUAGACACAGGACGUGAACUUGCCGCUAAACAAGUUCAGUUUGACCCUGACAGCCUUGAGACCAGCAAAGAAGUAAGCGCUUUGGAGUGUGAGAUUCAGUUACUGAAGAACCUACAGCAUGAACGAAUAGUGCAGUACUAUGGCUGUCUCCGUGAGAAAGCAGAGAAAACCCUUUCAAUUUUCAUGGAGUAUAUGCCUGGGGGUUCAGUGAAGGACCAACUGAAAGCAUAUGGUGCGCUAACAGAAAAUGUGACCCGAAAAUACACCAGGCAGAUUCUGGAAGGCGUGUCCUAUUUGCACAGUAAUAUGAUUGUACAUCGGGAUAUAAAAGGGGCGAACAUUUUGCGAGACUCUGCAGGGAACGUGAAGCUGGGCGACUUUGGAGCAAGCAAACGUCUGCAGACAAUAUGCAUGUCAGGGACUGGAAUCCGCUCGGUAACUGGGACGCCAUAUUGGAUGAGCCCCGAGGUUAUCAGUGGUGAAGGUUAUGGAAGGAAAGCAGAUGUCUGGAGCCUGGGAUGUACGGUGGUGGAGAUGCUUACAGAGAAACCUCCCUGGGCUGAGUAUGAAGCUAUGGCUGCCAUUUUCAAAAUCGCCACUCAACCAACAAACCCCCAGCUGCCAUCUCACAUUUCCGAUCACUGCAGGGACUUCCUGAAGAAAAUAUUUGUGGAUGCAAAGCAGAGACCAUCAGCAGAGGAACUGUUCAGAAAUCCAUUUGUCCAGUUAAUUCACUGAUGGAGGUAGCUUGUUUUGAAGCUGGGAUUUUCUUAAUCAUAGUAUUUUUCUUAAAAACUGUCUAAAAGGUUAUUAUACCUAGUGUUCCAUUCGGUCAGUGUACUCAGAACACCAAUUACGUAAGUGUCUGUAUCCCAAGGCAGCAGUUUUGUCCUAUGGCAUAGGGUGAAUACUGAAGAUAGCUGAACAUCUACACAAUUCUCAAUGCAUUUACAGACACCAUCGACAGUUUAGUCAACAGAAGGUCUCAUCUCAACACUGUCCACCAUCAACAGGACAGAAAGCAGCAUUUCAACAAAUCCUGGAACACUCCAUGAAAACAUAUAGACGUUACACAGAACAAGCAAUUUCCUACGUUAUGCAAAAUAUGAUUACUUCCACUUUGCAUCAGAGUCAAUGCUGUUUUUUUGAGGAAUGUAUAUAUUGUACUUUUACUCCCAAAUUCCAAAUGCGCCUUGUUGACUUUCUAUUUUGUUUUCUCUAUCUGUCUAUUUUCAUAUGCAUUGGAGGCAAAGCUUUCUACGAGGAGCAGUGCUUAAAUAAUUUUGGUGAGGUCAGAGACACAGGCUGCCAGAUUUCCACCUCACCUGUUUCUGUCAAACUCAUGCUUCAAUCAGGAAUGUUAUAUUUUGUGUGUCUGUGUGUGUGUGCGUAAGCACAUAUACAUCUACUGUUUACCAAAGUCUAAUCAUUUUCUCUUUGUUUGCAACCUUGAAUUUCCUACUCACUGAGAUAAGAUCCACAUCAAGGCCAUCUGUAAUGUGGCUACCUUGUAAAAUGCCUGGUUACUGAUUUGUUCUAGUGAUUGGAAUUUGCAGAUUUCAACAAUGUGUUUUCUUAAAACAAGAGGGGAGAUGAAUGUCACUUUUCAUUUUGUUUCACGUUUAAAGGUGCUAGUUCUCACAACUGAAACAAAGAGGUGCACUCCCCCAAUUGCACCCUAUGCCUUUAGACUUGUUAUGUUAAAAAAAUGCAAGUUUCUUAUUUGCUAAAUGUUAGUGUUCUGCCAGUGAAUCCAUCAGUUCAACAAAGUAAUGACACUGAAAUUAACCCUUGCUGUUAUGUGAAUAAUUGCAUAUAUCAGUAGAGAGAAAUGUUCAUUCAGAAUUGCCUUUCCAUGUGACUCAGCCGCUGCAUUGGCUUUGUAAUAGGCAUGGUUUUGGCAAUUCCUUGAUAUCUGCAGCCAGCGAUGGGCAACACCUCUUUGUGCAAUUGAAUUGGCAUUACAGUGUUACAUUGAGACUUUUCCACAGCACAGCUGAGUAACUACGAAAUCGCACAAACAAUGCUCUCUAAUUUAUACAAAUGUUUAGGAUGUUCCGUAAAGGUUAUUAGUUAUAGCCCUACUUAUACUUUCAGGUGAACCUGGUGCAUCCUAAUGUGUGCUGGUGAGAAGUAUAUCAGUGGUACUUGUUAAUGGCACUGCCACGCCACACCUAUUAUGCUAUGAAUGGGUGUCUGACCUUUUUAUGUUGCUAUCCUGUUGACUGUCAUUUUUUGAUACAGUUAAUGAUUUCUGAUAACAAAUACCAUACUUUGUCCAUAUAAAAAUAAAUUGGUAUUGACAAUUUAAGCCACGUGUCACAAUACAGGACCACAGGGGCUAUGAUGAUCAAUUUUGCUCAUUGUAGUUUUAUACUUUUUGUUUAGUGUGGCAAUUACACCAAAUAAGUACUCAGAUCUAUAACAAAUUGGCUGCCACUAGUUAACUUGUUUUAAAACUUUUCUGUUUCAGAAGUCUUCACUUAAAACUAUUUCUAUCCACUGUUGUAGCCCCAUUCUCCCACCAUAUUGUGUGACCCCUAAAGCACAGACAAUCCCAGAUGUCCUCAAAGUGAAUGCAGUGGAGGUAUUGCCCAUCGUUUGAAUCCAGUACUAACACUGAGUUAAAGAACAAAAAGACAAAGAUGUACUUUCAGUAUAAGGCUUAAUGCCAACUGCUUUCAGCUCUGUGAAGAUGCACUUUCUUGAAUGUAUUUUGUACCAAACUUAUUUUAUAACUUCCUCUUUGCUGAUGUAAUUUAUGCCUCUUUAUACUUUUAUUUUAUUUUUAUUUAUACAAGAAAUGCUAUUUGAUGGUUUUAUAUAUAUAUUUAUAUAUAAGACUUGAGACUGUUGCAUAUAUCUAAUGCAAAUACGGUGCCUUUAAGGAAAAGCAGCUGGUUUUGCAGCAGUUGGCAGGAGACUUUUAGUGCCAUUCUGUGCUGCCCAGUGCAUCAUAUAGUAAUGGAUGUAUUCUGCCAUCUUUAUUUGACUGGCCAUAAUGUAAUUGCCAUUAACAGCAUUUCCCUCAUCCAGACCACCACUUUUACUUAAUGUUACUCAUGUGAUGUGGGCUUAAUUGACUAGACAUUUGCUGUCCAUCCAUAAAUGCAUUUGAACUAAUGGCUUGUUGGCCAUUUCAGAGGGCAGUUGAUCAACUACACAGCUGUGGGUUUGGAGCCAAUUGUAAACCACACCAAGUCGGGAAUGCCAAUUUUCUUCCUAGAAGAACAUGAACUCAGUGGGCUUUUUACAACAAUGGUAAUGGUUUUAAAUCAUCAUUACUGAGAUGAGCUUUAUAUUGCAGAUCUAUUUAUUAGAAUUCUACAAGAUGCUAUGGUUGGAUUUGUAUCUUUGUCUCCAGAGCAUUAGCCUGGCAUCUGAAUUGGAGUGGGGUGGCCUAUUGGUAUUAUCGUUAAACUAUUAACACAGAGACCCAGGCGAUGUUCUGGGGACCCAGGUUCAAACCCUGCCACUGCAAAUGGUGAAAUUUGGACUCAGUAAAAAUCUGGAAUUGAGUCUACUGAUGGCCGUGAGUCCAUUGCUGAUUGUCAGAAAAACCCAUCUGCUUCAGGGAAGGAAACAGCCAUCCUUACCUAGUCUGGCCUACAUGUGAAUCCAGCUCCACAGCAAUGUGGUUGACUGUUAACUGCCCUCUGGUCAAUAAAUGCUGGUCUAGCUAGCAACACCUACAUCCCAUAAAUGAAUUAAAAAAUACAUAGCUGUGUACACUAAGCUGCUGUUUUCAUAUUGUUAAUUGUCUGCCCACUUUGUCAGACGUGCUGUUCUAAUGUUUUGUGAGGAACCAGGGACACAACUUUCACUUCAUCCUCUAUUUCCUUCAGCAACUCUUCCUUCUGACAAAUGACCCUUGCAUUCUAUAACGCUCAUCCUGAAUUUCUCAUAUUUAACACAUCUUUUCCCAAUUCACCAAAUCCCUCAAAACCUUCACCCAGAAACCUCAUAACAGUUUUGAUAUAUUCUCUUCAAAAAUCUUUUUCUCUUUUCAAACAUACUCCCCCACUCGUUCCAAUUAGAACUUGUAGAUGUGGAGUUUAGACUAUGGUUAAAUACUACAUUAGUUGUAGAUGGAAUAGUCAAGUGUAUUGUGAGAAAAUGCAUACCAUUAGCACCUCCAACGACUAGCAAAAGCUACUGUUCCCAGUUCUUCUAUUUAUUUUCCUGAGUUCAGAAAGAAAUUGCGAUUAUUACUGAUAUAUCCAGGUUUUCAAACAGUCUUGAAAUUUGUGUUCCUGUAAUGGUCAACAGCUGUUGGCAGGAAGGGGGAAAUGAUUCAUCCUGGCACUGAGCUGCACAGAAAUUCUCCGCAAAGUCUUCAAUCACUCUGGCAGAGAGUCCUCUGUCAGACCCAGUGAAGUGCUAAAGGCUUGCAGUGCAGAGCCACUCCAAUAGAUUGUGUUUUUAAAGUAAAGCCGGAUCAGUUUUUCAUAUUUUUAAAAAGGGAAAAUACAUUUACACUUUUUUUUCAGAUGACAAUUUCUCAGAAUACUUGAAUGUUUUGUUUGAAAUGAAAGGCAGCCAAGGUUGGUCUACUUUCCUUUAACCUGUUGGCUCCAAUUCCUCUCUAACAUAAUUGUUCCAUACUGAGUCUCUGUCUGUAUUCAAUGAGACAAAUGUUCAACAUUCUAAGUACUACUGCAGUUGGACUGUAGAAGCUGCCUCUGAGGGGACUUCGUAAACAGCAACCCUUCCUAAGAACAAACGACGAACUGCAUCUUUGAGCACUUGCAUUUCUUCAGUUUCAGCAGCAAUUAGGAACCAUCAUUAUCAUCUGACAGAUGUGGUGGACUUUACCUGAUUUAUUCUUGUUUUGGUGACAUCAAAAAUUGAAGUUGGCAGCUUCAGCAUAGGCUUAGAUUGACAGGUUGAAAUAUUGGCCUGCUGAUCUGUGUCUAAAGAUGUUUGCCAGUGCUAGGAGCCCUAGAGAUUCAUUUACUCUAAUUUCUUUCCCCCCACUAUUAACCUUUCUCCCCAUCCCUGUUCUACACUUCAAUUAGUGUUGGACACUUGCUGAAGUCAGUGUUUGUUGAUCAUGCUAUGGUAAAGUCUGAGAGUUAAACCUACUAGACCACUUCUGUUUUAAACUAUUUCUGUAGGUGGUGUAGUGCACUGGGGUGUUGGGUGUGGGAGAUCCAGCAUCAAUAAUUUUGUAUCAACUGUUCACCAGUGGGAAUGAGCUAGCAGAAAUUGCUACUUCCACACAGACUUUGAACAGUUGGGCAGAGUCACUUCACAAAUCCCUUGCACACCUAGUUUCGCAAAGACUCUGUAGAUGUGUGGAUGAAGGACAUCAGAUCUGCCCUAGCAUCUAGGUAUUGCAUAACCUGGCAAAACAGAAAUAAAGGCUAAUCUCUAUAGAUGUUGAAAUGUUCACUUCUCAAUGUAAAAUAAUCAAAGAAUGUAACAUCACAAUGCAGAGUAUUAUAUAACUACAAAAGUAGGAAGAGACUGUGUGUCUUCAUCACAGGCUAAUUUCUUUCUAACAGUUAUGUUAAUCACCUGUUGAAUGUUUUAAUACCAAAAGUGCCCUGGUCUCCAUCAAGCCUUUAAGCUAAUGCCCAAAUAUACAGUCACAUAGCCAAAGACAUUACUACAUUGAGCCUUGAACAUUUUGAAUUAUGUGUCACGUGUUCUCCACUUUCCCCAAACAGUGCAGCAAGCAAAGAUGGGCAAGGCUGCCCGCUGAUGUGUACUAAUCAUCAUUGAAAGUGCAGACCAUUCACUGGAAAAAGUUGAUGGUUUGGUCUGUGUGUGCGCCCCCCCCCCCCCCCAAAAAGGUGAUUUCUAUCGAGCACAAGAGUCUGCACUUGAUAGUCCAGGCCAACGUCAGGAGCAUGAAAAUCGCUUCAGCCAAAUAUUUAACCAAAGUGUGAAUUCACACCUGAAAUGGAAACAGAUUUGGACAUACUUAUAUUAUCAGGUUGAUGUUUAGGAACUGAAUUGGGAGAGUGUUGACUCCCCAAAAUGUGCCAGAGUUCCGCUGUCCUUCAGUUUGUGUUAAAAGUACCAGCACACAUUUAACAAACUUAUAUAUGCUUUUUACUGCUUUACGUAGGGGGAAACUAAGUUGUAUGUUAUACAAACCUCUCUUGGGUAAAACUGCCCCAUGAUGCCUUCAUUUUAGACAGCUGGCAUUUUGGUUGCAGAAACAAAAAAUGAACACUGUUAAUUCUGUGUCUAUUUAAUACUAUUCGCAAAUGUUACAAACUGAGUAUUGUUUGUUAGAAAGAGACCUUUGCAUAUUGCAGACUCCCAGGCUGGAGAAAGAUUGCCAUAGUUUGACACUUUGGUGUAUAUAAUUUUAUAUUGUUUUGCAGAAUAUAUGCUUGUACAGUUCUAUAUAUUUGUACUAUGAAGUGCCACAAUGCAGUGAUUUGCUGCAGCUUUUACGGUCUAGACUCUCAGCCUCUUACAGGCUGAAGGAAUUAGUACAGUCAUUCAAGCGACGGUCAAAAUUGUGGGUCAUUUGAAGUGUAUUCGCUUCCAUUGGGAUGGCUAGGUGUGUGCUCAUAAUCUCUCCUGUCACAGUUGGGACUUGUGUGUUCUGUGGGUGGUUGUACUUUUCUUUGGGGAGCACAAAUUACAAACUAGUAACAAAGACCCCUCUCGCUUACAUUUUUAUGGCUCCUCAGCUGGUGUCAUUAUGUCUUUGAAGAGGCUGAAGUAAUAGUAAGGUUCAAGAGUCACCAGCCUGUUGGAAUAUUUCUUUGCUGUACCCAAAUUCAUCCUACCUCAGCUUUCUUACACAUGUCCCAGACCCCAAAAUAACUUUGAGUCUACAUAACAUCAGCUGGAAAGAGGCAAGAAAGAAUUUUGUAAUAGUAUGUUCUGUCAUAUUUGCUAAUCCAAACUAGUAGCCACUUAGGGAGAUUAUACAGAACUUGGCCUGCUGCGUUCCUCCAGCUCCACACUUUGUUAUCUCUGACUCCAGUAUCUGCAGUUCUUGCUGUCAUAGCCAAUUAUAAAGGCAGCUUAAUCCAUGAAAUAACAAUGUGUGUGCAUUGGAACAGUUUAAGCUUUCUAUCACUGUUUAAACUGUUGCCAAACUGACAGUUUAUCCAACCCAACGUUAAAGUUGACUUAACUCUUGUACAAAUAGCAGCAUGCAUGUAGAACAGCCAGGGACAGGUAAUAACGUAGUACUAUACAUUAAGACUGGUAUGUGCCUGUUAAGCACAUGAAAUUGGCAUUUGCAGAGCUCUCCUGUAUCUCCAAGUGUCUUUCAGAACUAACCACUCCCCUACUUUCCACCCAUCAAUUCAAUCAAAUAUUGAGAGAUUUGGGUGAUGGAUGUUUGAAGUGUGCCUCUAGCUUUCCACCCUAAUGAAAGUCUCAACCUGUAGGUAUGCACUUUGUCGAAGGGAGCUUGGCCUCGUGCUGGUCUCAUUGAGUGUGCAUUUUCCCUUUUGUACUAUUCCUACAGAGUAGACUGCAAACAGAGCCAUUUUACAUUCUUUCUCCCCACAUGGUUUCCAAAAGGAACUGCCCAAACAGUUGUAUUACAGCUAGCCAGUAGGGAAAAGCUGCAUCCAGUGUUGUGGACCUGAGUAGUAUCUUGAUUCAGAUGCAGCCUUAGUGGAAAAAAUAAAACAGUAGAACCUGCCAUGUUCCUUUUGGCUUCUGAUCAAGGAAAUCCUUUGAUUUGAGAACUGGCCACUGACAUCUGGAUCGUGGGUUUUCCACUCUGCUAUACUAACCCAUUGGGGUUGGGGAAGUUUUGCUUUUGCCAAAAUACCCCAGAUCAUUCAUGCUGAACUGCCAGAAUAUGAUUACACACAGUUUGGUAACUCACCAUCUGUAGCCAUAAGUAUGACUCACAUUACAACAAAUGUAUGUUUAAUACUUGUUUUUAAACAAAAAUGCUUUCUGCAUACUAAUAUAUGCACUACAUACACUAAUGCAGUUUAUUUUGAUAAGCUCUUACAUUCAGCAUUUAAAUGACUGUAUAAAUUGAACAGUAUUCUGUAUUGGUGUAAUAUAGUUUUUUUAUGUUCUAUUCUUUGAUUACAGUAUUUUAUACAAUUGUUUAUUGAUCCUUGUAUGUAGCACUACAUAUGUUUUUAAAAGUUUU